AUGAGCAAAUUUUACCCAGUAGCGUCGAAUAUGACUGGCAAUGAAACCAAAUUAGAGUAGAAAAAUAGCACUCUUGCCUAGCUGGAAAAGUUCAUACUAAAGCAAGUCUACAACUCUCAAACUUUCAUUUCUCAGCAAAAGCAUGAUAUAGCAAGAGAGCACUUGCAUAAAGCAGAAUUUACACUAUUAAACAUUGAGUAAAGCAAAGACCCAAUUCUAAAAACCAUAUCAGCUUUAAAUCUCAAAAAUAAGCUGUUGACAGUUAUUUAUCAAAACUUUGGCCUCCUCUAUAAACAAUCAGCUCUUACAUUCGAGAAGCUAAAUCAGAUGAGUAAUUAAAAUGUUGUUGAAAACCACCAUCAGUAGUAACAAUAACUAUAAUAACACCUGAUGAAUAAACCACCACUUAUUCCACAUAAGUAAAGUGACACUCUGGAAAUGUUGCAUGAUUAGUCCUUAGGCUAUUAUCAAGAUUCUCUAAAAGUUGUGCAGGAUUAUAAGGUGUCUGGGUAUGGUCUAUCAGUAUAACAAGAAAUCAAUACAGUUAGCAAGAUUGAACUAGAAUGCUACCUUGCAUUAGCAAGAGAGUAUUAAUCUUAGGAUCUUUAAUAAGAAGCAGUGAAAUACUAUGAAUUGGCAUAAAGAUGUCUUCAAUCCUAAUAAAGUGGUGACGACACUCUAAAUCAGUACAUUCAUGAAUAAAUUAAGAAACUCAGAGUCAUCAAUUUCUCUCCCAGCAAGUAUGGUGAAGGUGAUCAUUCCUUGUUAAUGACAUCAUAGGAUUAAGUUGAAAAGAUAAUAAGGUCGAAAAGAGGAGUUGGUCCUAAAUAGGGCUCGCUAUCUAUUCAGAAUAGAGUAAUUGCUGCAUCAAGUAUGUAAUAAAAUAUCCAAAGUACAGAUAUAUCAACUGCUUUGGAUGAAGGUUUCAAGGACUUAGAGGGCGUGGAUGUUGCAGUCACAUCAUUCAGUCAGUCAAUGAGGCAUUAAAGAAGAAAGCUUAAAAGAGACUCAGUAGAAUAAGUGAGUUUGAAUGGAACAGCUCUAUAAAAUAACAAUAACAAUAUUACUAAUGGGAAUAACAAUCAUGCAGAAUAUUUCACAUAAAAACGAAUAAAAAAUAUUAAACUUCCUAGUGUCAACAUGUCAGAUCCCUAAUCAGCUUACUAUAAACCUUCUUAGGGCGUUUCUAAGUUCAACUUCGUAAUGAAAAGAUAAAGCAUGACAGGCUUAGUAUCUCCUGAGGCAGCUAAAAACAAUAUAAUUUUUUCGCCAGCCAGUAAUAAAAGACAAGUGAACAGUCACAAUGAAAAAUUUGUAUCUCAAUCUGAAUACUAUCACAGCUAACCAACUGAUCAUAAACCGUAGUCAUCCCUACAUUAACGAGAUUAAUCUGUAAAUUCUCAGGAUAACAAUAGUAAUAACACUACAAAUAUAUAUGGAAGCAAUAACCAGUAAUUCUUUAAAAAAAGAAACGAGAAAAAAGAUGAAAGAUUGAAGUAUCAAAAGUUCACUUUUAAUAGAGGGCUAAGUGAGGCUACCAAGAUCUAUUCAGCUAAGACUAGUGGAAACUUCUUAGACAAGAUCAUAUCCAAAAGAUCUAAGAGAAAUGACAAUGAUAACACUGAAAAGGGAAAGGAUAGCUAAACUAGAGAUAAUUCACAAUAAUAAUAGUUAGACAUUAGAGACAUUCCAAAGCCAUAUAAAUUUCAAAGCAAUCUGAUUAGCCCUUAAAAUCAAACUAGCAUCAACUUUAGUUAGAAUUUUUCUAAUAGUCCCUUCAGCUAAAAUCAUUAGAUUAAUGCUGAAUUCACAAUGAAUGGUAAUACAUCUUAUAAGAGAGAUGGUUCACCUUACACUGUCAACGAUACUCUAUAGCUAAUAUAAAAAAGGAGAUAAACUUAGCUUAUCAAUCUAAGUAAGCAAGUUGAAAUAAAUAAAACACAGCAUAGAAAGCCCCAGGGAGUACCUCUAAGUUUGUUUAACUUGAAGCAUAACAUUUCAGAAGAUAUCAAAGAGGAAACUUAGAGGACUUACCUAUCAUCCUAAAUGAAUAGCAAAAUGAUAAAUGUUACUGAGGAUCAUAACUAAAGCAAUAAUCUCAAUGUGCCGAAAACUCAAAGAUCAUAUAUUUCUACUGAGGAUGGAAUGCAACUUGAGGAUCGAAUGAAUAAAAUUGCUUUGACUAUUGAUAAGCUAAACUCACAGCUAAUUAGAUACUAGGAGGAUCUUAGAUCUAGAAAAUAAGACCCGCUAAUCAAGUAAAGAACAGACACUGCUCACUAUAGCUAGUUAAGUUGUACAGUAAAUGAUCUGUAGCAUACUGAGAGUCAAGAUGCAGCAGAUCUAGGUGGAGGUACAGGCAUCAAUACCCUAAGUAAGCUAGAAAUAGAUGGAGAUAUUGAUGAUCUUGAGAGUGUUAGUAUAAUAUAAGACUUUAUCUGA